UAUUGAUCCAAACACUGCUGAACAAAGCGCCAGGUUAUGUUUGCUUUGAAAUCAUCUUUAAAACGAUAAUACUAGGUGGCUGUUUGCAAUGCCCACAUUCUGUGAUUCGUAAACUGCAUCACGCUUUAAAGAAAUUGUGACUUUGACGAAGUCUUUGAAAGGUAAGGAUUGCUAAAUCAUAGUUGAUUGCAAAGGCAAAUAGAUCGUUCAAGCAUGGAAUCUUCUAGCAUUGAAAACUAGUAUGAGAUCAAAACGAAAUAUAACUUGUGAAAGUCAAGCAUGAUCAUUUAAUUUCAGCAGUGUGUUUUAGACGUAGUUAUAGGAGGGGGGCAUGGGGAUUUUCGGUUUUGCAGUUUUGGCUAUAUUUUGGAUCGGUUUUUUCGGCUUUUGUGCAAGCCAAUUGAAAUAUCGUAAGUAUCCCUUAGGGGUUCACGCUUCUAUUAUUAACUGGGAUUUGAAAAAUGUAUCGGUUUUGACAGUUUCGCAUGCGGAUUUCGGUUUUGAUCGAAUUUUUUUUCGGUUUUUCGGUUUUAAAUGACUUUUUUCUACGGUUUUGCGGUUUCUAAUAGGCCCUGAUGCCCCCUUUAAUAGGCUGUGAGCACGCGAUUAUCAACAGUUGGAUUCCAUAUUCUGUGGGAAGUUUGUCUGUAAGUAUUCAUUUGGCGGUAAAUAUUUUAUCCAGUAAUAAAAACUCACAAGCUAGUAAAGAGUCAGUAUAGAACUUUGGCAUCGUCAGAAUCUUAAGAUUAUUGCGCCCCAGAAGUGUAUUGUAAAUUGUAACUUGAUGACGAGCCUUAAAGAGCAAGAUAUCUAAUCUGUAUAAGGCUCAUAUUAACCCUAAUUUAAGCAGUAAGCAAGAGCUUUGAAAGUUCAUUCACAGACUUCAUAUUUUACCUGAGGUCACCCUUCAGUGCGGAAUUAGAAUCGAAGCCACAACACAAACAAAACCGGAGGGGUUGGGGAAAGAGAUGUCAAAACAAAUUAUCAUUUUUUUCCCCACACCAUUUAGCUGUCAUGCUACGCAAGACAUGUUGGGAUAAAAUUUCAGCGGAAAAAAAGAAUUAAUUUCGCUGUCUUAUUUGAAGCGCGAUGACAGGAAUGGUCAGCAUCUGACCCUUUUUCUUUCGAUGGAAACGAGAAAAACUUUUUUUUGGAAUGUCUCAGACUCGUACCUUGGGUUCCAGUUAUUCGGAGAAAUUUGGAAAACAGAUGGCUUCAACGAGAAAUUAUCCUUCUAUCGCAAGUAUCAACGCCAGCACAUUAGAGCAAGCAGCGAACAAAACGCAAAAGUUUCGUACGCACUUGAAAAGAUCCUUUCUUGCGUAGUUAUUCGUGCGAGAUGUUUUUUCAUCUUGCCGGAGAACGAUAUGGGUUUGAGAAUGACGUAUGAGUCAAUCAGUGAAGUUUUGGUCAAAGGAUAUAAGAGUGAUGCAACUGCCACCAAAAUUUAGGAAUUGUGAAUUUUUUUGCGAAUCUUUUCACUCACGAAAACAAUUAAAAUAUUUGAAUUUGCCUUAGUGCGACCCGGUCCUUAUUAUCAAAUUGUUCUAUAUAUUUGUUAGAGAUAUUUGUUAAAUAUAUUUAUUAGCAUAAGUAUAUUUACUUGAUGUAUUUGUUCGAUACAUUUGUUGCAUCUUAUCAGGAGCCCUUCUGUCCAUUCCCAUAUACGUAUUUUGAUAUUGUAUUCAAAUUCAAUUUAAAAAAACCAUUUACAAGAGAACCGGGUAAUUUGGAGUUAUCAGCUGAGUUGAUAACGUAAAUUGGCCACUGUAAAGAGUUUCAAAGCUAACUUUUCGAGCGUUAGUCCUUUGUCAGAGCGAAUGGAGGAAUUGUGGGUUGUGUGUGUGUUUAUAGUAGUUGCCACCGAAUGAAAAGCAAAUGAGUAUUAGCACUAGUUUGGCUAGGCGGAGUAACGUUUCAGAGCUAGGUUCCAUAACAGUGCGUUGAUUAAAAAAAUUGUUUGAGGGCCAGGAGACCUUCGUCAUUAGGAAUGACAGCAUAAAAAGAUGUAAAAUCCUUAGUGAGAAAAGUUUGUCUUGACCAGGAAUAUUAAAUUGGAGUCGCGAAAAAUUUCAAGUGCGUGUUGACUCAGUCUUUAAUGUAUGAUGGUGAAGUUUUGACGAUAGGAGCCAUAAUUUUGUCUAAACAACAGAAAAUAAGUUCUCCAGGCAGAGACGAUGGGUCGACCUGGGUUGUUAGGUUUGUGGAUUUUACCUAAAAAGUAAACACACGAACCUUUUUCUAGUCGUCCGUUUACAUUAAAACUCUUUAACUCCCAAGAUCUCAUUUGUAAUCUCCUUAAUAUCUCCCAUACAGUUCUUGUGAUGUUAGUUUGGAGGAUUUGGUAUUGGAUCAUCUUAUAAUCUCCUAACUGAUAUUUUUCUUCAUUCUCAUAACUUGCAUUGUCUGCUUGAUAUUGUUUUGGUAUUGUAAGGAGAAAUUCUGUCUUGGUCGCUCAUGGGAGUUAAAAGGUUAACCCUCUACACCCUAAAAUCAGUAUGCAUAUUCUCUAUACUUUCUUUAUACAUUUCUUAGGGUUCUGGAAAGGAGAAUUUGUAUAACAAUCAAAGCUCCUUUAGUUAUUGAUCAUUUCCCUAAUUCUCAUGACCGUUGAGUUUUAUUCACGGGUAAUCUUGUAAUCAAAUGGCAAUCUAAAAUAUAUCUUGGUAAACAAAAUGGGAACAACUUUAACUGAAGAAUAUGGUACAACAACAAAUACCACAUCAACAACAGCAGCAAUAACAAAUCUCCUCUACCUAGAGGGCUACAGCCUUUGUCUUGCUUUCUAAGCCACACUGAACAGUUUCUGUGGUACUUCCUGUAAUGCGUUCCUCUCCACACGAUGUGGCGAUAUUCUCGUGAAACAACAGGGUAAUCGUUAGGGUGAAUGAAAUUCAUCUCUGUUAAAUAACGGAGAUCGCUCGACCAUCCAAGGGCUGAAAUCCUUACCAUAGUUGCUUCGUAUUUGAGGUCGCUCUGGUCUUGUUCUAGGUCCUGGGUAUCUGAAAGAAGUACUCGGUUUUCUCCACUACUCGAUGGAAGGACGUGUUACAUCAGCAAAGCAUAAACUUUCGACACUAAGUCGGCUCUAAUUCCGCCAGUCGAUUUUGAACUAGAUUUUAAAAUCUCCCUGAGAUCUUUUGCUUCAAGUUUCUGGAUGUCAUCUAAUGACGAAAUUUCCAUAUUAUUGUAUUAAAGAUCCAUUUUGAAGGGAGAAAUCGCAUUGAAAAGCGCAUUAGAACGUGAAAUGUCAGCAGAUCAGCUGUUUUAAAAAACCGCCAGGUCAACCCCAGCCUCGUUGUCGUGUGUGCGCGAUUACUAAUUCAAUGUGGCGCCGGGAACUGUAUUGAGUGUGUGUGUGGAUGGACCGAGGUAAUGACUCUUUUGCGUUGACAUAAAAGGUCAGCUGAGGUCGCAAAUCGAUAUUUAAGCCAUCAAAUAAGCGACGGUCGACAGUGUACUCUGCACAUACGAUAUGCAAAGUGCGUAUUUUUGCUGUGGUGUUACAUUCACUCGGAUGAUCUCAUGACAGGUAGCGAAAUUUUCUAUUUCGUUCUACGCAAGGUAAACGAUCCUAACCGGUAAUCGAAGCCGAGGAUAUUAGCUUGUGUUUAUUAAGUUACUACGCUUAUGAAGUGUUAAUUAAGAGUGUGAAACAGAGUGGACAUCCUGGCAUAUCGAAUACAACUGCAGGAAAGACUCAAAAGCUUUCGCAGGCGGCUGAAUACGCUCUGUUUUGAACAACUGUUCACUUGCUUGGAUAUUGUAAGUUGCCCUUUCGACUAAAAAUGUUUCGUUGAUGAAAUUUUUCUUCAGUCGCGAUCAUAUUUCGGCAUUCGUUUAAUCAAUCAUUCUUAUUUACAUACCGUUUACGAAAUACCUAACAAGCUAGGAACAAGCUAAGUUACAUAAAUUGAACGCCACUUUAUCAAAUGGCAGGCGGUCGUAUGACUUCUGGUAAGACUUCUGAUGUCGCAAUUAGCCUAAAUAUGCACCGCAGAAAACAGGAAACGGGUCUUUAUAUUUGGAGAUUUAAACUUGGAUUGAUUUCGGCUUUCUCCGUUUUUCCUUAUGUUUAUUUCUUUUCCUUUUUUCAAAUUACUAUUAUUAUUAUUAUUAUUAUUGCGAUUUGUAUUUCAAGUUUUUAUCAAUGUUUUGAUAAGGCUCGUCAUAUUACCACGAUCGGUAUAUUAUUUUUGUUGAUCUUCUGUGGUGACUGAUAUUUUCCUCUCCAUGCCAUCAAGUCAGCUUAUUUAUUAAGCCUAUCUUUUCAUGGCUGGUAACUAGGUUACAAACCGACAAACCGGUUCUGAAAACAGCUUUGUCGAGAAACAGUGAUACCGUCUUUGAAAACCAAAUUGUCAUUGGAAAAACAUACUGUAAACGGAUGUUACAAGAAACGCCAUGUUAUGAGCGCCACACUCAAGCGAUGUUUCUUAUUUGCGACCGGAAACAUGAUGAAAUCAAUCCUGUCCGAAAGGUUACUCGUCAGCCAAGUGAACAGUAAGUUACUCGCGCUCGUUUAUCGUAGAUAAAACAAGCCGACAGCCUGAAAGAGGAAACCAUUAAAGCACAUGUCAUGGGAAUACAUUGCACCCACGGUUAACAAAGAAAACGAAAACCAGGGAAGCGCUGUAGUGAUAGUGUAACAAAACAAAUGCAGACGGAGUCAGCCUUCACUAGUUUCCUCAAACCCUGGAUGCUGAACAAUACAUCUGGCUUCUGCCUGCAACUGUUCCAAUGUAACGCCCUACAAAUUUUUAUUUUUGACCACAUCUACUUCUUGGCAAAAGAUGUUUUCUUCCCCCUCCACACUGAUUGGCAGUUUUUACACUGACACCUUGUGAUAAAAAAAAUCAGUAAAGUAGCAAUUUUUUUUUUCACGAUGUUGAAUAGAAGAAAUAUAGAGCUCAGCUUGUAUGACUGGUUUCACCAAAAGGGACAGUUAUCAGCUCUGUAAAUGUCACAGACGUGAGAGAUAACUCAAACUUAAGACUACUUUACUUUAUUUACAAUUCUACAUGUGCGAAUGCUACUUUAUUGCUGCAUCGUGUUUUAAAGUAGAAGCCGAGAAAUCUUCAAUCGUUUGCCAAAUUUAACACAGGAAAACUUAAAACCGAUUCAAUCGCGUGUAAACGUGUAUAAUCCAUCCAAUUCAAUCGAAGAUACAAGUUUUUCUUUUCUUUACGACGUUAUAACAACCUCUACAAGCGUGCAUGUUUAUAUUUUCAGUCAGUGAAACCUUAGCUUCGGAAGGUGAGUGCGUGUGGCAUAAAAACACUUCGCUCCCAUGGUAUUCAAGAGUCUGCGCAUUUCGUUUUCUUUACUUGAUCGCUCCUAAAUUUAAUAAGCGACUGAUUUUCAGAUACUUUAUAUACAAUCGUAAAUGCACUCACUAUUCUCGUUUUGUUAAUUGAGGCGGCCGCGGUGCACGGGCUCUUGAUACUCUUCUGACUCUCGCGCUAUGUUUUAGGUUACGUUCGUCCUAGCGGUUCAAAUAUCCAAGGCCUGAUUCCACCAACAGAUUCAUAAACCCUUUUAUUAUGUUCACCUUCCAUAGAGGCUUCAAAAUCCGAAUAAUCAGACCCCGAAAUAGAACUGCUUUCACUCGAAGUAUUAUCCACCAUAUUUACUUUGCUUAAUGUACAUACGUGUGACGUGAAGGUCACAUGAUCAAAAUCGAAGCGUUUACGGCGGAUGACUCGCGAAGCAGCAUUUACGAAGGUUUUCCCGGCGAAAAAAGGCACCAAGAGGCAUACGAAACACCUUGUGUCUGUUUCAAUGUCUUACCCGAGGCAUUUAGACGGUAUUCCGAAAAAGUGACCUGUUAGCCGUCGGUUAUCUUUAAUAUGCGAUCCUUUUGCUAAGAGAAUUUUGUUUCAGACAAGUGGUAAAAAAACCUUCAAGUCUAAUGGGGGUAGGUAUGGGGGAGUUAGUGUUGUCCGAACCCUCCGGACCCUAACCUUGGAUGCAUCACUGCACUGUCAAACAGAGCGAUCCUUUAUAGGAAAAGCCCACUCGGUCGAUCCGGGUUGACGAUUUAUUACAACCACUACCGGCUUUAAACAUUUUCUGUAUAAUUUUUUUUUCGUAUUGUUUCACCUGGUUUUAAAAUAUAACCCAUUGCUAGUUAUUAUUUGAUGUUUAAAUGACUCUGUUUCCUUUUUUGCUUUCUUUUUCGCUUUAGACAAGAAACUAACGUCAAACGAGGACACUGAGAAACUGGCUACUGCAAAAGAAUUGUAGCCGUUGAGGAAAGACUUAUCGAAGACUGUUCACCCGAUUUCUGAAAAUCACUGAACUUAUCUAUCUAACUGACUCUAGGGAAUAAUCUCAUCUGCGUGUGACGGCUAGCCAUCCUCAAUAUGUACUUUAAACUAUCUCGUUUGAUGGAUUGUUCCGUCUUAAUGCUCGUGGGUUGUGCACUUUUGCUAUAUUUAAAAUCAGCCCAAGUUACUGAGGACAUUUGUUGGAAAUUUCUAUCACAUUGUAAACUACGUGCUUUUUCGAAUGAGCACCAAAUAACAGAGGAGAGUACACCAAAGACGGAAGGAAAAAGCCAUUUAGGUAUAAAGAAUAACUUGAACAAACCUUUGAAAGUUAAUGUGACGAACUUAGUUCUUAAAGAACUCCAAGGAGGAUUCUUUGCCGCAGUCCGUGAAGGCAAACAAAGAGACUCAUCUUUGGAUACUUCUGUCUGCGUUUCGGAGCCAACAGUCUUAGAGUGUUUAGAGGUUGGAUUUGCUGCCUUGCUUUUGGCCACCUUAGAUCAUGUGUCGUACUGUCGCAUGUUGGGAAUAGAUAAGGUGACCAUUCACUGGAAGAACUGUCAGUCGUGCUGUGCAAAGGAUCCUCAGGAAAAUUCCUGGUCAGCUUAUUUCGAGCCUUUAAACACUGGAGCUGAGCUAAACGCCAAGAAGGUUCUUUGUUUAGGAGGAAUUAUCGUAGGAAACGUCCUUGUACAGGAAUCUGUUAAGUUACCUUAUUUCAAUCAAGAAAAGAAGUCUCAAAGUAAUGGAAUCUUGAGAAGUUCUCUAUUAGAGGUUGGAUUUAGAAAACGUCAAAGUUUGCCUGGUUACGAGGAAGGUGCCGUUAUAACAGCAGAAUUGAGGAAAUGGGUCCAUGGUCUGAUAGGCGAAUACGUUCGACCUCAGGAAAGUAUUCAGUCUCGUGUAAACCAGUUUUACAUGGAAUACAUGAACGGAUAUAACAUGCUAGGUGUCCACGUGCGCGGAACCGACCACAUGCUAGAGAUGGAAGAAAAGAAAUUACCUGCAAUGGAGAAGUGGAUUCAAGAUGCAGAAGCAGUAUUCAAAACCCUUGAACAGCCUAAGAAAAUAUUCUUGGCCAGUGACAAUAAUGAGAUUGUUCGCCGAUUUGUAGAAUAUUUUGAAAAGGGAAAGGUAUGGUUGUUACUUUCUGAUAUAAUGGUUCAAUUGUAAAUCACCGAUGAUGAAUUGUAGUUUGGUUUGACGCCAUCUAUAUAUUAGCGUGAUAUGGCAAAAUUCACCGUUUACUUAUUUCUAAGUCAAAUUGGAGUGAGGAGUAUUAGUUUUUGUAUCGCUUACGGAUCAAUAUCAGUAUAUGGGAAACUGCCCACCUGCCCCUCCCCUAACCCAACAACAGUCUAUUGAUAACAAGUUAGGGUUAAUGUUGGGUUAGGGGAGGGGUAAGUGGGCAGUUGCCCAGAUACUGAUAUUGAUCCUCGCUUUCUUUCCUUCCCUUUCGAUCUCUUUCCCGCUUUCUUUCCUUUUUCUUUCCUUCUUCCUUUCUCUUUUUCCCUCUUUCCUUUUGUGUUCUCUCCUUCCCUCCUUCCUUCCCCCUUAAAUUCCUCUCUUUCUCUUUCUUUUUUUCUUUCCUUCGGUCCUUCCUAAAUUCCCUCUCUCUUUCUUUCUUUCCUUUUUUCCCUUCCCUUCCUUCUCUCUUUUCUGCUUUAUUCAUUUCCUUUCUUUUCUUUGUUUCUCUUAUCUUAUUUUUUUAGAGCGCGACAAAAUUAUAUAGGGUACCUUGUGUAUACCAAUACUUUGCUCACUCGGAACAGCUAUUCCACUCUAUUCCGCUGUUACACGCAAUCAAAAAAGCAAGUUUCUGCAGAGACAGAUGAGUCACUAUUAAACCUUGUAAAACUAAAGCCUGGUUACAUUCUUUUACAAUUCAGGUUGUAUACACCGCAGCCGUGAGAGCAGCCGAGUACCAGUCUACUAGACCAAUCAACGGUCAAGUAAACGGCAUCGAUGCAAUUGAAAGUGGGUCCCAGGUUCUCAUUGAUAUCUUACUCCUUGCCAAAUGCGGACAUUUUCUUCAUGCAGAGUCAAGUGUGGCGACUUUGGCGUCUUUUUUCAACCCACACAUGGAACUUCACUUUUUGGGAAACGUUGGAGAUAACGGAACAUUCAAAGCGGUAAGUAAGCUAAAUUCUCGGAGAGGACUAUUCCGUUGAUACUUGAAGUUUCUUCAAGUUUUUGAAGCUAUCUAUUGCGUUCAAAUAAUUACAAACUUCGAGAGACGCUUUUGAUAGGUCUGUCGCUCGCCAGACUCUGUUCAGCGAGCUGCGUCUCUUUGGGUGACCGCCUCGUGGGCUUCUUGUGGAGUCUUCGAAAGUCAACCCGGCUUGCUUCGUUUUUCGGUUUAGUUUGCAGGUGACUUGUUAUAUUCGUCAAGUAAUAUGGGAUGCUUAUCUCAACUUAUCCUAAUUGCUAACUAGUUUUGAGUCAUCUUAACUUGUCUUUGUCGCAAUUUGUUCCAUCAAACUUCUUUGAUAAAUGAAUUUAUUGCCUAAGGGCAGGCAAAGAGGAGGACGGGCGGGGGGGGGAAAAGAAUUUUUGUGGAUUGCAUUGUUUUCAGGGUGAACAAAGGAGAAAUCAGUCGUCACAAUGGGAGUAUAUAGCGGUUCUUAUUGAAAAUUAACUGCCAAUGAGAGGGAUCAUCAGAAUAUUACAGAAACCUAUUUAGAGAUCAGGUAAAUUUUAUCGUGACAUAAUCAACCCCUUACCGCCCCUCCUCUCCCCCCUCCCCCCCAUGGCUGGUACCUGAAGAACAAGAGAGGACAAUGUAACAAGCGUAAAAUUUCGUCUCGCUAUACGUUUAAUCAUUCAGCUAAUUUCCAAAAUCACCUUUGUGUGCGCUUUAUCUGUCUGGCGACGUCUAUUAGCUGGGUAAGUGAUGAGUUCAAACCUCUUAGGACUUGUUGUUUGUUGUUGUUUUUUUUCUUUAGGGAAAUAGUAAUUUAACAAAAGCCCCUGAUCCUAAAACAAACUAUGAAGAUGAAAGGGAAUGGGAAAACGGCUGGGAAGAACAGAUAGAGAGUCUUGCCUGGUGCUUCCAAAUGAACAGUCCUUCCAGCGCAUGCCCAAACAUGGCUGUGGGCCAACUUAUUGACUCCAAGGAAGUCAGAACGUACUUUUCACAGUGAAAUAAACGGUUAUUUAAACAGCAGUGGUCAUAAUAUAAAUUUAGACUCUCCUUGCCCCACUUACGAGGUAAACGGAAUAUGUUGCUCCACCUUUGGAGCAUGUCAAUUUCGCAAGAAACUGAAUUCGGCUAACAGCACGCUACUUUGAUUUCGCCGAAAAACAAUCCUGUGUAAUUCCCUUUAAUUUUUGGACGAGUUUUAAUUCGAGUGCUUAUCUGCUUUAUUUAUUUUUCAAGAUCCCUUUUAAUUUAAAGGAUCUCGUACGUGCCAAAGAAGGAUUCUACGUUUCGUGACAUCUUUUAACUUAAGCAUUUCCUGCCACACCUCACUUAAAUACUUCGUCCCUCUAAUGAUCUUCAUUACCACUAAUUCGCCGGCUUUUUUCCGUUUGUGGAGUACCAAGUUGUUAUUUCGUACUGGAAGAGGAAAAGUUACGUUAAGGGAAAACACCAAACCACAAAGAAAGUAUAAGUUCCUCUAAAAAAAAUGAAUAACGAAAAGGAAUCCCGUCAUCAUGUAUUUUGGCCAGUCUUAUAUCAAAAGUUAAUAAAUGCGACUUCAGCUUUUUAUAACCUUUAACUUUCCAUGACUGACCAAAAUAGAAUUUCU